AUGGCGGCUCACCGCUCAGGACCCUCGGCCUUCACCAUCGCCAGCAUCCUGGGGCUGAGCAGACCAGAGCAGAGGAGCAACAUGAGCAUCCCGUACCGACCGUGGGCAGACGUGCCAUCAACACAGAACUGUCACACUGUAACGGCUGACGGGUCACUGGAUGUGGCAGCUGAGGAGGAGAAAAGCGCAAUCACAGCUCCAGUGGAAAGCUGCAGACGAACCCUCAACUGGUAUAUAGGACGCAGGCCACGCACGGCUUUCUCCAGCCUACAGAUUGAGAUUCUUGAGAGUGUGUUUCAAGUGAACUCCUACCCUGGAAUUGAUCUGCGGGAGGAACUUGCUCAGAAACUGCAUCUCGAUGAAGACAGAAUACAGAUCUGGUUCCAGAACAGAAGAGCGAAGCUGAAGCGAUCACAUCGAGAGUCACAGUUCCUCAUGGUGAAAAAAGUCAUCACUGGGCUCCAAGGCAGAGAUCAACAGUGACUAUAAUAGCUCCCCUCAUUACUGUUCCUUAUAAUAUUGUAAUAUAUUCUAUUGUGACUCCUUCGGUCUGCAAAG